AUGCAGAAUCAAGAGCAGAAACAGGAGAUAAAGAUACAAGACGUUAUUGAUAAAAACAUUCUCUUGGUCUUGCCAAAACAACCUGGACUAUUUGGUUCCUUGCAUAAAGUGACUCGAACGAUCACUAAGCUAAAGCCACAACAUCAGAUAGCUUCUCAGAUCCAAGACAUCAAGAAUAUAAUCCGUGAGAUCAAGGAAGGAGAUGAUCGAUAUGCAUUCAGUACUAGUAGUUCCACUGAACAUACCAGCACCAGCACUAGCACCAAGGACAACAUGUGGCGUGACCCUCGACUGGCUUCCCUUUUCAUAGGGGAUGACGAAGUCGUUCGCAUUGAAUCUCCCAAAUCUGAGUUGAUAAGCAGAUUGGUUGACAAAAAUCAAUCACAACGAGCAAUGAUCUCAUUGGUUGGCAUGGGUGGAAUUGGCAAGACCACUCUUGCCAAGAAAGUUUAUGAUAGCCAAGAAAUGGCUGCACACUUCAAUUACAAGGCGUGGAUCAUCGUCUCUCAAUCAUACAGGCCAGAGGAGCUCCUUAAAACAAUGAUAGAGCAGCUAUCAGGAAAAGAUGUUCUACCUUUACCUGAUGAGGGAAUUGAUUCACUCAUUGCCAAGGCAAGAGGAUAUUCAUACGAAAAGAAAUACGUCAUUGUGUUUGAUGAUGUAUGGCAAAUUGACUUUUGGGGAUCCAUAAGACAUGCUUUACCCCAAAAUAGAAAAGGCAGUAGGGUAAUCAUCACCACACGCAGUGAACAGGUUGCUGGAUUUUGCAAAGAAUCAUCAGUGGAUCAUGUCCACGAGCUUCAAGCCUUGUCAGAAGAGAAGGCUUGGGAACUCUUUUGCAUGAAAGCCUUCCAAUUGGACUUUGGGGGUCAUUGUCCCUUUGAGUUGGAGGAAAUAUCACAUGAAAUUGUUAAGAAAUGUGAAGGAUGGCCUCUUGCAAUUGUGGCUAUAGGUGGUCUCUUGUCCACCAAAAACAAGGUUGUAUUCGAAUGGCAAAAAUUUUAUGAUAGCAUGGGCACUGAGUUAGAAAGGAAUCCUAAACUUACAAGCAUCAGAAAAAUUUUGUUGUCAAGUUAUAAUGAUCUGCCUCAAUACCUCAAAUCUUGUUUCUUGUACUUUGGCAUAAUGCCAGAAGACUACUCUAUCGAAGGUGAGAGACUAAUUUGGCUAUGGAUAGCUAAGGGCUUUGUUGAAGAGCAGAAAGGAAAAACGUUGGAAGAAGUUUCAGAAGAAUACUUGAUUGAGCUGAUCCAUAGACGCUUAGUUCAAGUGUCAAGGACAAAAUCUGAUGGAAGAGUUGGAGAGUGUCGAGUACAUGAUGUAGUGCGUGAGAUUAUUAUUUCGAUGUCUGAAGAGUUUAGUUUUUGUCAAAUUUUGGAAGAAGAGAAUUCAAGUUUCAAUGACACAACUCGCCGGCUAUCUGUGCAUACACAUUAUUGCAACAUGGAUAAGGUUAUGGAAAGCAUUGGUAAAUCCCCAGUUCGCUCUAUUUUUCUUUUUCAAAGGGGAGUGCUACCAAAGAAAACCUUAUCGGGUACAGUAGCUGCAAAUUUCAAGCUUUUGAAAGUACUGGAUCUUGAGGAUGCUCCUUUGGAUGAGCUUCAUGAAGAAGUGGGAAAUCUAUUUCUUUUGAGAUACCUAAGCAUAAGGAAUACAAAAGUGAAGAUAAUUCUAAAGUCCAUAGGUAAGUUACACAACCUACAGACUUUGGAUCUGAAACAUUCCCCUGUGAGAGAGCUCCCAUUUGAUAUUAGUAGGCUCCAUAAGUUGCGACAUCUUCUUGCCUAUUUUCGUAACUAUGAAUCUGAAUACUGGGUGGAUUUAAUAGUAGGAGUGAAGAUACAUGGAGAGAUUGGGGGUUUAGAGGAGCUGCAAAAUUUGUGGUAUGUGGAGACAAAUCAUGGCCUAAUUAAAGAGCUUGAGAAAUUGAGGCAGCUAAGGAAGUUGGGAAUUACGAAAUUGGAAAGAGAACAUGGAAGGGCUCUAUGUGCAGCCAUUGAGAAGAUGAAAUACCAUCAACAUUUGAGUGUAUGGGCCUCAAGUGAUGAUGAGAUUCUGGAUUUACAGUAUAUUUCAUCUUCAUCUCCACCUCAAUAUCCUCAAUGUCUCCACUUGACUGGACGUUUAGAGAAGUUACCCGACUGGAUCCUGAAACUUCAAAAUCUAGUCAGAUUAUCUCUAGCGGGUUCAGGUUUGACCAAGAAUGAUCAACUAAAAGGCCUUCAAGUCUUGCCUAGUUUAGUACGUCUUGGUCUUUGGGAUGCAUAUGAUUGGAAGCAGUUGUAUUUUGAGGUUGGAGGGUUUCAAAAACAUAAGCAACUAUAUCUCGAAGACUUGAAGGGAUUGAACUCGGUGAUUAUAGAGGAAGGAGCAUUGCCUCUUCUUGAAGAGCUAACAAUUGGGCGUAGCCCACACCUAAAGGAGAUUGGAACGGAUGUAGUCCAUAGAAUUAAGGCGGGGUGGCUUAAGUGGAGGAAUGCGUCUGGAGUACUGUGUGAUAAACGAGUACCCAUUAGACUAAAAGGAAAGUUCUAUAGAAUGGCUAUUAGACCAGUGAUGUUGUAUGAAACGGAAUGUUGGGCAACUAAGAAACAACAUGUAGAUAAGAUGAGUAUUGCUGAGAUGUGGAUGCUAAGGUGGGUGUGUGGCAAGACUAGAAAAGACAGAGUUACGAAUGAGUAUAUUCGAGGAUGGGUAGUAGUAGUACCAAUAGAUGAUAAGUUGACAGAGAAUAUAUUGAGAUGGUUGGUCAUAUACAACAGAGACCAAUAG